AUGGUUCGUAGGGUUCUUCUCACUGGAGCCAAUGGCUUCAUUGCGCAGCACAUCCUGGCCGCCUACCUAGAGGAUGGCCACUCUGUCCGCGGCGUUGUCCGCUCCCAGGCCAAGGCCGACCAGCUCGCCUCCAUCUUCAGCAAGUACCCGGCCUCACAGCUGGACUUUGGCGUGGUGCCCGACAUUACGACCCCGGGCGCUUUCGACGAAGUCCUCAAGUCGUCUCCGCCCUUCGACACCGUCGUGCACUCUGCCAGCCCUUUCAACUUCCGCAAGAACAGCAGCAACCUGGAGUUCCUGGACCCUGCCGUCAAGGGCACCACGGGCAUCCUCAAGUCCAUCAAGGCCCACGCCCCGACCGUCAGGCGCGUCGUCCUCACCUCGUCCUUCGCCGCCAUCGUCAACGGCGGGGCGGGCAAGACCAACCCGCCCAAGGUCUACGACGAGUCCGACUGGAACCCGGUGACCUGGGAGCAGGCCCUGGUGUCGGAGAACAUGGGCCUCGUCUACCAGGCCUCCAAGAAGUACGCCGAGAAGGCCGCCUGGGACUUUGUCCGCGACGAGCGGCCCAACUUCGACCUCGUCGCCCUCAACCCGCCCCUGGUCCUGGGCCCGCUGUACGACCCCUCCGCCGUCGCCCGCGCGGCCGACCUGCCCGAGUCCGUCUUCGGCAUCUACGCCAGCCUCGCGCGGCCCGGGCUCGGCCCCGCGGACCCCAUCGUCCCGGGCCGCGUGCACCUCUACGUCGACGUGCGCGACCUGGCGCGCGCGCACCUGCUGGCGGCCGAGGUGCCCGCCGCGGGCGGCAGGCGGUUCCUGCUGACGGCCGAGCAGGGCAACAUGACGUACCAGCGGGCGGCCAACAUCCUGCGCGAGCGCGUGCCCGAGCUCGCGGCCACGGUGCCGCGCGGCGAGCCGGACCAGGCGCAGCCCGAGGAGGGCUCGUACGACGGCAGCGGCGCGCUGGCGAGGGAGGUCCUCGGGCUGACGUUCCGGGCGCCCGAGGAGACGAUCGCCGACAUGGGCCGGCAGCUCGUGGCGUUCCGGGAGAGGGCUGUUGCGGCUGGGGAGAAGUGA